UUGCAAUGGCUUUCGGUUGAUUUCGGUUGGUUGAUCGAUUCCUCCUCGGGAGUUUAGGUAUCCGGCAUGCUGUAACCUAACAAUUAUUGUUUACAUCUGUGCUGAAUUUUCAAGAGAGAUUUUGAGGGAAGAAUCUGGGAGGAAAUGGAGAAAAUCCAAAACAUUCCGACGAUUGCGCAGGAAGCUGUACUCUUGGAGAGUGAAGAGCUACCAAAGGACACUCCGACUGUAAAAGGUUACGACUGGAAUGCCCAUGGAAUUAAUUAUGAGGAAAUCCUCAAGAGUUACACCAACACGGGAUUCCAGGCAUCGAAUUUUGGUAAAGCCAUCGAGGAAGUACGAAAAAUGCUGGAGCGUCGAAGAUGCCCACUUAUGGAGGAACACAGAGACCUUCAUGAGGAUGAUGAGUUUAUCGUCCGUCGCCACAACUGCACCAUCUUCCUCGGUUACACCUCAAAUAUGGUCAGUUCGGGAUUAAGAGAAACCAUCAGGUAUCUUGUGGAACAUAAUCUCGUUGAUUGCCUCGUGACAACAGCUGGGGGAGUUGAGGAGGACUUCAUAAAAUGUCUCGCCCCCACAUAUAUGGGAUCAUUUGAACUGAGUGGCAGGCAUCUCCGGGAGAAGGGAUUCAAUCGCAUAGGAAAUCUUCUUGUUCCAAAUGAGAAUUACUGCAAGUUUGAAAAUUGGGUAAAUCCCCUUCUGGAUGAGAUGCUAGAAGAUCAGAAGAAUGACGGAAUAUUGUGGACACCAUCGAAGGUGAUUCAGAGACUGGGGGAGCGAAUUAAUGACCCUUCAUCCAUCUACCAUUGGGCAGCACGGAACAAAAUUCCCGUCUUUAGUCCUGCACUAACCGACGGCAGUCUUGGUGAUAUGAUGUACUUUCAUUCAUACAAAAAUCCCGGACUUGUCGUGGAUAUCGUGAGUGAUCUUAGACGCCUCAAUACCAUCGCCGUCAAAGCUGUAUCCACGGGAAUGAUCAUCCUGGGUGGUGGUGUGGUUAAACAUCACAUUUGCAAUGCUAAUCUCAUGCGAAAUGGGGCUGACUAUGCGGUUUUCAUUAAUUCCGGAUCGGAAUUUGAUGGAAGUGAUUCAGGGGCACGACCUGAUGAGGCCAUCUCAUGGGGAAAGAUUCGCAAAGAAGCCACACCGGUGAAGAUUUACUCAGAUGCCAGUCUUGUAUUUCCUCUUUUGGUCGCGGAAACAUUUGCAAAGGCUAAGGAUUCAUUACAGAAUCCUCAUGAGGAGUUCAUAGGAAUGUAAAAUGAAAUUUAGAUUAAUUUAAAUUAAUAAAUUCUGGGAAGAAAAACUCAAAAA